AGCGGCUUGGUAAAGCCACACGCCUAUUCAGAACCUUUAUUGCUUUACUAUGCGGCCUUUGAGCCUUUAUAUCCUUAUAAAUCCUAGAUCGGUCUAGGCUGUGCUACUGCUGAAGUACUAUAAUUGAAAAAAUGAAUUUAAUUGCGUGACCUAUACUAGUAGAGUUGUACUAUAUAUUGUAAAGCAGAUCGUUAUAAUCUACUUAUGUUUCUUAGUAAAAGUGCCCCUUUUCCAAACCGAUAAAACACGAUCAGCAUUUUGGACAGCCAUGGAAUCGGUGCCACUGCGAACAAAGGACCGGAAAGCGUUGGCCUUUGAUGAAGAAAAAGAACGAGAAUGGGUCGGACCGUUUUGUUUUAUCCAGGCAGCCGACACUCAAUUUGGGAUGAUCGAUUCUUUUGUAAAUAAGGUUGAUGAAGUAUCUGUAACGUGGGAGGCGGAAAUAAAUCAUACGCGAACAGCCAUCAAAGCAGCGAAUCAGAUGUCUCCGAAGCCGCGGUUCUUUAUUGUCUGCGGAGAUCUGGUCGAUGCUAUGCCUGGUACGAUGCACCGCCUUGCACAGGAAAAAGACUGGAAUGAGAUUUUUCAGGAUCUAGAUAACGCAAUCCCGCUCGUAUGUGUCUGCGGAAACCAUGAUGUAGGAAAUACACCUACAGCACAGACAAUUCAGGACUACACGAAGGCUUUCGGCAGUGAUGACUACUUUACGUUCUGGUGCGGAGGCGUAUUUAAUAUUGUUCUAAAUUCGCAGUUCUUCGAAAAUGGUUCUCAGGUGCCUGAUUUGGCUAAGGAGCACUUGGCGUGGAUUGACGAACAAUUGGUCCAAGCGAAGGAAAAGUCUGCCACUCACGUUCUUAUUUUUCAGCAUAUCCCAUUUUUCCUUCGCGAAGCUAACGAGGAAAAGGAGUACUUCAACCUGGAAAAACAGUUCAGACGUAGCAUGCUCGACAAAUUUGCUGAUGCUGGUGUGAAGGCAAUUUUCUGUGGCCACUAUCAUAGAAACGCGGGAGGUUUCUAUCGGAGUAUAGAAGAAGUUAUCACAACAGGAGUUGGCGUUGCCCUAGGCCAUAAUGAACCUCCCGGCCUCCGGGUUGUCUGCGUCUACCAGGACAGACUAAAUCACAAGUAUUACCCACUGGACCAAAUCCCGCGAAAUCCCGAACUCCAGGAGAGCUGGAAGAUGAACACAGCAAAUCCAAAGAAACUGGUCUAGCUAAAGCUGUGCCCAACAGCCUUGUUCAGUGUUAUCACUGCAACUAUUCUAAAAAGAUUUUUUUUAUGUAGAUAUUCAUACACUGAGUAAAUCAAGUCAUGCGCGAACCAGAGAUUUCCAAAUCCAAUGCAUAAGUCACUAUUAUAAGUUCCCAUUAGUCUAAUGGCGUGCUUAGGUAUUUCCUGUUAUAUCAUAUAAUGCAAUAUUGACAAAUAUCUCCUAAGUGGUAAUAGCACCACAGAAGCGCAAGAAUAAUAUUACGUAUAUGGUUGUUAUAUCACUGACUUACACUUAAUCUCGUUUUUCAUUUAAAAAAAGCAUUAAGCAUUAAAAGAAACUAUGUACUUCCA